GGCGUCGUGGGCACGUCUGGUAACUAUGUGACUAUAUUUUCCGCCCUCUGGUGAAGCGAAUCUGCACGACUGUGAUCGUGCUGUCUCCCGUCAAUUAAUUUAGAAGGUGAUAAACGAAAAUGAGUAGGUUCUUCGACACAGGGUCAGACUCCGAGUCUGAGACAGAGUCAUCUGAGGAGGAGCAGGUGCCCCAGAAGGCAGCAGCAAUCACCUCGGCCUAUGCCUUCAGUGACGAUGAAGAAGAAACGAAACGUGUUGUUCGCAGCACCCGUGAAAAGAGGUAUGAAGAGAUUAUGGAAAUUAUCAAGCAGAUAAAGAAUCAUAAGAAGAUCAAAGACAUGAGUAAACUUUUAACAAGCUUUGAGAACCUCUCUAAGGCAUACCAGAAGGCCAAGGUGGUCAUCGAGAAAGAGGAAAAUGGAGUGGUUCCCAAGUUCUAUAUCAGGAGCUUGGUGGAGUUGGAGGAUUUUGUGUCCGAGUGCUGGGAAGACCGAGACGGACGCAAGAACAUGUCGAAGAACAACUCGAAGUCGUUGGCUACUCUGCGUCAGAAACUGCGCAAGUAUAACAAGGAUUUUGAAGCGGACAUCCAAAAGUACCGCGAGAACCCUGAUCAGGAAGAGGAUGAGCGCGAAGAGGAAGAAGACAGAGAAUCUGACGAUGAAGACACAAGUUUCAAGAAGAAGCCUCCCACCAAGGCAGAGAAAGACGAGCCCAAGUCGAAGUUCAUGAAGGGAGGAUCAGAUGAUGAGGAAUCAGAUGAUGAUUCCAUGGACUGGGGAUCUUCUGGAGAGAGUGAAAGCUCCCUUUCCAGUGACGACGAAAAAUACGGGGGAAACCUGGCCAUCAAAUUCUUGAAAAAGUCUGGGGAGAAAGACGAACAAAAGGAACAGAAGAGACGUGAGAAGAAACGUGAACAGAAAGCAAGGAGCAAGGAAGAAGAUGAAGAAGAAGGGUGGGAGGAAGUCAAGGGUGGAGUGCCACUCAUCAUGGAAAAACCUAAGAUGUUUGCAAAAGAUGCCGAAAUAAACCACCAAGUAGUGCUGAAGAAACUGAACGAGAUCCUAGCAGCUCGUGGCAAGAAAGGCACCGACCGCUCUGAGCAGAUUGACCUACUCUGCGAGCUUCUUGUCAUCUCGAAUACCCACGACCUGGGUCCGGGGUUCCAGCUGAAGAUUGCGUUCUCCGUGGUGUCGGCCAUCUUUGAUUACAACCCAAACAUCGCGACGUGCAUGAAAUAUGACAUGUGGCACAAGUGCCUGGAGUACAUCAACAUGUGCUUAGACGUGCUCUCUGACAACGCAACCGUCUCGGUUGGUGAGCACGUGGCGGAGGAAUCCGAAGCUCUGACGGCUGCACCCUACAAAGUGAAAGGAUGUAUCCUGACCGUAGUCGAACGUAUGGACGAAGAAUUCACCAAGAUGUUGCAGGGCUGCGAUGCUCACUCUCCCGAGUACGUAGAGAGGCUGAAAGACGAAAAAGAGGUGUGCAAAAUAAUAGAAAGGCUGCAGGCAUACCUGGAAACCCGUGGUUCCUCUUCGGAGCUUUGCCGUGUCUACCUCCGUCGCAUAGAACACCUUUAUUAUAAGUUUGAUGCAUCAGUGCUGAAACGGAGGCAGGCAAAGAAGGCCGAGGUCCAAGAGGGAGAGAAGAGCGGGGACUCGCCCGAGAUUCCCCAGAACACGAGCCUGGAGGAAAUGGAACAGCUGUGCAAGUACAUAUACGCGAAGGACAACACAGAUCGUAUUCGCACACAGGCAAUCCUGUGCCACAUCUACCACCAUGCCCUACACGACAACUGGUACCAGGCGAGAGACCUGAUGCUCAUGUCACAUCUUCAGGAGAGCAUUCAGCACUCAGACGUCCCCACUCAAAUCAUGUACAACCGCAGCUUGGUACAGUUGGGACUCUGUGCAUUCCGCCACGGAAACAUUCGAGAUGCUCACAAUGCCCUCCUUGAUAUUCAGAGUGGUGGCAGGGCAAAAGAAAUGCUUGCUCAGGGCCUUCUGCCACAGCGACAGCAUGAGCGUACAUCAGAGCAGGAGAAGAUUGAGAAGCGAAGGCAGAUGCCUUUCCACAAGCACAUCAAUCUGGAAUUGCUCGAGUGUGUGUACUUAGUUUCAGCCAUGCUACUUGAGAUUCCUCAAAUGGCAGCUCAUGAACUGGAUGGUCGAAAGCGAAUGAUCAGCAAAUCUUUCCACUACCAACUGAGAAACACAGAACGCCAGCCACUCGUUGGUCCACCGGAAAGCAUGCGUGAGCACGUGGUGGCGGCUUCGAAGGCCAUGCGUGUGGGCAACUGGCAUGCCUGCCAGAACUUCAUCAUCAACGAGAAGAUGAACGCCAAGGUGUGGGACCUGUUUCACCAGGCUGACGAUGUGCGUGCUAUGAUAGCGCAGAAGAUCAAGGAGGAAUCUCUGCGCACCUAUCUCUUCACCUACAGCUGCGUCUAUGACUCGCUGUCCAUAGAAACUCUGUCGGCAAUGUUUGAGCUGCAGAAGUCCGUCGUGCACUCGAUCAUCAGCAAGAUGAUCAUCAGCGAAGAGCUCAUGGCAUCGUUGGACGAACCCAACUUAAUGGUGGUGCUUCACAAGACAGAACCCUCACGUAUCCAAGCCCUGGCCCUGCAGCUGUGUGACAAAGUAACCAGUCUGAUCGAGUAUAACGAGAGACUCUGGGAACUUAAGCAGGGUUCAUUCUUUGGCCGCAGUGCAGGUGGCAUACAAAGCUUCAGGGACUCUAAGGAUGGCUAUGGCCAGCGUGAUAGGAAUUGGGGUCGACGCCAGGGGCAGAGGAAUUAUUAGCUUCUACUACAUGGGGAACAAUAAAAUUGAAAGACCUCCUGGA